GCGCUCAAUUUCUCUCAUGUGUGCGUGAACAGGAAGGAAUGGGGCUUCUGAAAGUGAGAUCGCAGGGGAUAAAACUCCAAGGAGUUUCGGAAUUCCUCUUCCCGAUCUACGCCCAGGAAAUUCACUCUAGCGAGGACUCCCCACUUCGUGUGCAUUCAUCCCAAAAUGUGACACUCCGAGCCUGCAAUGGAGAAGGGGAUGUGACCGGUAGUCUUACACUGGCCCCACAGAUGGUGGAAGCCUACGUGCAGUUCCUCGAGGUGACGUCAGACAAGGGUGACCUGAUUCUGUCUGCAGAUGACACUCAGAUGACGGUGGGGGCUGAGGAACUUCGAGUCGUGGGGCCUGGCGGCGCCCUGUUCGAGAACUCGCUAGAGACUCCUCUGAUUCAAGCGGAAAACUAUGAGGAUUUACGGUUGGAGUCUCCCACCCGGUCCGUGAGCGUGGACGCUCCUAAAGGAGUCCACAUCCACGCUGUGGCAGGAGGCGCGGAAGCAGUGUCCAAUACGGACAUCCUGCUGCACUCCAGGGAAGGAGCGCUGGUGCUGGAUGCUGGAACGGUGCGACUACCUAAUCUUCCUCUGGGCACCGGGGGGGAAAGAGGAACCGUCCAGGGCCUGUAUGAAGUGUGCGUGUGUCCCGACGGAAGACUGUACGCGUCUGCAGCCGGCACGGGCUCCACGUGCCGCGAAAACAGCCGGGACUGUUAACGAGCGAACGACGGAACAGACAGCACGCCCUUAAGCUACAACAACGUCAUUAUAUUAUGAUAAUUAUAUCUCGAUAUUGCGGCUUUGUCGUUCAGUGAUAUACCAGAAGGAUU